AUGGCCCAGGAACCGCUGCCGGUCGACCAACCGCAUAUUCGAACCCAACAACCCCCACCACCAUUACCAUUGCCGCCGAAGUUGGAAGACCACUCUCGGGAAUCUUUCGUGCGCUGUGUUCGUCCACUGUACUUUCUUUCGAAAGUAUUCGCACUCUGGUGUUUUACAGUGCAGUGGAAGAACCAUCCCCAGGCACGACAAUCGGCCUUCCGCACGUCCCGCUGGUGCGUUUUCCACUCCCUCGCGGUGCUGAUGCUGUACAGCACAUUUCAUCUGUACACCAACUACGCGGACUCUUAUGGGCAGCCGAAAGGCGGUGGGGUGGCAACAGAGUCACCCGAAACGACCGCUCGUGGAGAAGUGAAUUUCGUGUCCGUUGUGAUCGAUGUCUACAACCGCUACAGUGGAUUGGUGCUCUUCUGGUUGCUUCAUGCGGUGGCCUUCAUACGCCGACGUACCGUCGUCGACAUUAUGCGUGCUGUCCUGUGUAUUGAUGAGCAGUUCCACGAUCGCCUAUCGAUUGCUCCCGAUCACGGCGCCUGGUGUAGAUUCGUCUGUUUGCACAUUGCGCUCAUCUUUCUGGCGAUUGGCCUGUGCGAGUGGUACAACUGCGUCAUGUACAUUAGUGACUUUAAGCCCGCCUCGGAAUACUGCAUCUUCCAGUGCCUCACUACGAUGCUGACGAGCACGACGGUCCAGAUCCAGUACGUAGCGCUCGUGCAGCUAAUUAAAACUCGUCUCGCCCUGAUCAGCCGCCUUCUGGUUGAGCUGGACGAUUAUGGUCGCGAGCAGGCGAACGCCCGAAUGAAAAUAAUUAAUGACAUUAAAAAUUUAUACACACAUUUGCAUUUAUUAUCGCUGAAUAUUAAUCAGGCGUACGGGGCGCAGUUGAUUUUCAUUCUGAUGACGCUAUUCGUUACGCUAACGACGCUGCUCUACCACUGCACCAUGAAGCUGCUGAGGAUGCUGCUGCUCGGACGCCAUGCAACGUUUGAAACUUUGAGGCCACUUUUCUGGGAAGUCCUAAGCACCCUGUCCUGGAUCUGCAUCGCCACGGUCAGCAUUCUGCGCAUCUGCAGCGUAUGUGAUUCGACGAAAAACGAGGUCCGUCUGGUCGGUAGCCUCAUUCACGGGCUAGGCUGGAGCACGGAUUGCAGUUUCACAAAAUCGACGGUUCGAACGUUGUCCCUUCAAUUGCUUCAGCAGCGCAUCGAGUUUAGUGCUGGGGGAUUGUUCGCCAUCGAUCAUGGGUUGAUGUUCAAUAUCGUUGCGGCAUUGGCCACGUUUUUGCUUAUCUUGGUACAGUUCGACAUCGCCCAAGGAGGAGACAAAUGGAAAACUUUGGAAGCUACGGCUCGGAACGGCACAGCAUUGUGA